AUGACAUUCUUUCACCUACUCAUCUCUCUUCUCAUCUGCAUUAACUUCACGUCUACGAUCUCCGUCGUGCCUGACCCACAAACACAAGAGCUAAUCAACAGAAUCUGCAAACAAACAAUCGACUUCAAAUUCUGCAACAAAACAAUCUCCUCUCAGCUGAUCAGACGACGCACUUCAAUCAAAACAAUCGCCAAACUAACCGCAGCAAAAGCUUGGAUCAACGCGAUAGAGACGCUUGACAACAUCGAAGGCUCUCUUCUUCCGAAAGCGAAAGAUCGUCGAGACAAAGCAGAGUUCGAUGCUUGUAGGAAAGCGUAUAAGUUGGUGGAUGCUCAUCUCGACAACGCGUUGAAGUAUUUGUAUCUCAGAGAUUAUCGGUUCAUGAGAGCGUAUCAAGCUCUUGCGCUAGUGAAUAUUUCCAUGUGUAGGACGAGUUUUUUUCAUCCGACGCCGAUGGUGUAUGCGAAUUGGAAUAUGAAGAUGUUGACGGAUAUAGCGAUUUAUGCUAGCAAGAUUCUCGCUCCUCCUCCUCCUCUAAGACCGAAGAAGAAGACGCCGUGA